AUGGUAUCUUAUUACAACCCCCUCCCUUAUUCUCAGAAGCAUACUGCUAGUAAUUUGAACUAUCCCCCCACACAACCUUGGCAAUGGACUGCAAGCUAUCCUACACCCCCAAAUCAUCAACUACUAAACGAGAUGGAAUCAUCACAUAGUCAUCAAGUUUACUAUAAUACGCACCACAUGUUUCAUCCAACCGGCAGUUCUGCUACGGAAUGGCAUUCUCCCCUAUCAAAUACCGAAAGCUUGUUGCAAAAUGUUCCCAAUGUGCAACAGCUUAUCAAUGAAUCGAAUGACGCCUCUGUUGUUGGUAAUAGCACAACCAGUUCAGGUCGUAGUACUACUUCGACUGGUCCUCCUACGAGUGAAAUUACAUCAGUAAGCGAAUCUAGACGAGGCAUUAGUGAGCAUCAUGUUGCCGAAAGUUUACCAUCACCUUCCUUAGGUAUAACAGGGAGUAAUGUCCCCAGUCCUGAAAUUUCCUUAACGACGGCGUCAUCACAUCGCCCAUCAAACAGCAUUAAUAAUAACAGUAUAGCUAGUACCACUUACAAUCAUCACCCUUCUCCAGUAAAGGCACAGUAUUACGAGUGGAUGAAAAAACCAUCCUAUCCAUCCCAGCCCGCGCCUGAUCCAUAG